AUGACUGCGAUCGAGACUUUACCACAGCGAGACAGGGCUCUGCCCAAUGAGCCCUUCUUUGGCAAGCUUCUAGGCUUGUUACAACUCGGAGACGACCAUGUUGCUAUUGAUGACCCAUAUUCCGGCAUCAAGGCGAGUGCUUCUCAAUUUGUGAACGACGUGCUGGCAACCAGAGCUGCCGUCAGGCGUACGGCACCUGCGGGGAUGCUUGACCAGCACGGUAUGGUAUAUGAGCAGAAACCGUAUAUCUUGCUUCUUGCACCUUGUAGCUACCGCUACUUCGUCGGCUUUUUUGCUAUCCUGGCACUAGGAGCAGCGGUGGUGCCGUUGUCUGCCAAUGUAUCUGUUGACGAAGCUACACGAUUCAAGAACAAGUCGGAGGCCACAUGUCUUGUUUUUGCAGCAAACUUGGAAUCGAAAGCGCUGGAGAUUCAACAGUCGACUUCCUUAGGCCUUGUUCCCAUAUCGUUUGCCGCGGAUACAACCGACGGAGAACACGCGUGUCAUAUUGAUAUCACUAUCAAUGAGGGUCUUACAAUUGAGCCUACUCGCCCCAGUCUCGUUCUGGGUACGUCUGGAAGUACAGGGCCGCCCAAAGGAGUCGUCCUAACGCGGGAUUUCUUCAAUAUCCCCAUGCCAGAUGGUGGCCCUGAUGAUGUAUUCAUCACCAUGAUCACAGCCAUGAACUGGAUCGGCGGUGUCUGGCCCCCAACAAAGCUGUUGUUAAAUGGCGUGAGAAUCGAAAUAUUUGAUUCCCAGCCUAGCAGGCCUGAGGUGGCUUGGAAGCGGCUUCGACAGGGCGGUGUUACCUUCCUCAUGGCCCAUUCAAACGUGUGGAUGAGCAUGAUGAAGUACUAUAUUAACGAGUUGAGUAGUUUAUCGCCCGCUGAGCUAGAGCCAUAUCGCCAUGGUGCAAGGGAUGUCAAGUUGGCCAUGGCUGGCGCGAUACCAAUAUUCCCUCCCGUACUCAAGUUCUGGAGAGAGAUAUUCGGCCACCCCUUAAUGAACCUUUACUCUGCCGCCGAGAUGGGAGGAUGUGGGCUUCGUACUGCGGCGGACGUUGAGGAGGAUGUCGAGCGGUCUGUCGGAACCCCUUACGGCCAGUUAGAGGUGAAGCUGUCUGAGGGUGAUCACGGCGAGCUUCUGAUUAAGGGGCCUACGGUGGUUUCUCAUUACCUAGGAGAUCCAAAAGCCACAGAAGAUGUCUUUGACGCUGAGGGUUUCUACAAGACGGGAGAUAGAGGCCAUAUUGCGAAUGGAGUUUAUAUCAUUGAUGGCCGGCUCAAGCACGACUGCAAGUAUCCCUUUUAUCCGGCUAUGCCCUGA